ACCCCCAUCAAUUAUGUCGACGGAUGCCAUUUUUGCCCUAUUAUUAGUGCUCCUAAUUGUUUCCUUGUUGCUUGGUAACGCUUACCUUUCCUCCACGAAAGAUGCCCAUCCGCUCCUCCUCUCAUCGCAGGCCACUGUCUCCCCCACUCGUAAGGAGGGCGAAACAGCCGUCUAUAAACACUCAGAGAUGUCGUACCAGCAGUUGCCACGCUCUGGGUUGGAUAUUUUGAAAGGGUACACUGUGAGGUCUGGGAACUUGUUUGACUGCUGGCUGGUUGGGCUAGAGGCGAAUAAGAAGCUGCCCAAGGGGAUCAGCUUUGCAAGCGAUCAGAAGGUAGAGAGAUUCACCUACGGUGAGAUCAACUCUAGAUGCAAUGCCUUUGCUGAAAGAUUCCAGACCACCGAGGUUUACUUCUACCGGGUCCCGUUGAGCACCAUGGAUGGUCUCACCGCGACUUUGGCCUGUUUGGUUCAUGGGGUUACGAUUAUCGAGAUUUCAAGUCUUUCAGACAUUACAAGGGGGUUGCCUGUGGUUACAACCGAGAAUUUAGUUCCAAAAGUUGUCGCUGAGGCCCACGAGGCUAUUUCCGUGAGCCAAGAGUUUCCCUUUGGCGAAUCUCUUGCUACGACUUACAAGUACGAUCCGAAGUACGAUCAAAUCGUGCCCUACAUCGUCUCCACUGGCAACUCCUACACGACAUUUACGCAACAAAACUUUACUGCAGCUAUUGCCAACCACUUGAAGAACUUGCCCGUCGACCAGGAGUUGAAGCCAGUGGACGUGGUGCUCAUCGGCACCUGCGAACAACGUUGGGAUAUCGUCAAGCUUUUUGCCGCCUUUUUGACCAACAACGAGGUGAUUUUAUGCCAGGAAGCACACAUCAGCAGCGAAUUAGUUGCAAAGACAAAACCAACCAUCAUGUCUAUCAGCGAAAAAAAAAUGGUGCAGUGGACCGAGGAUAUUUUGAACAGCCUUCCGGUUGUCAGCAAGUCUUUUCUCCCCGCUUCCUUGAGAUUAAUCACUAACGGUAACUUCAUCACCUUCUCGCAGGUUCCGGCCUUGCGGUCUGUUCGUCUCAUCUAUGUCACCUCCGUUGGUACUGGCGAGACGCUCACCACCCGGAUCCAGAACCUCGCGCGGGCGAUUUUUGGGGCCAGGCUCAUUGUCAAUCGUCAUCUAAGCGACAGCAAUGUCCUUUCCCCGUUGUUCAACACCUUUAUCUACGACUACAGAGCCAUCAAGGAUACCGCGUAUUUGAACAGGGGAUGUGUUCCGCAAUGCUUGGAGAUCAAGUUGAGAGACGGCUUCUUUGAACAGAAGCGCAAGUUCUUGCGAGCCGCGCAGAACCACGGCCAGGUGUACAUCCGGGGGUUCAGCAUCGGGAAGGCACAGACGGAUGUACAAGCGGCCAAGGACACAGAGGGGUGGAUGCCGACUGGUGUCUACGGGAAGUUUGGCACGGACGGGUGUUUCUAUGAGUGCAGAUAAGUUAGUAAAACUGAGCUUGUCUUUGACCCGAAAAAGAGCUGCCGUGGAAUACAAGCAGAGGGAGGGAGUUUGGCAGUGCCUGAAUAUGUAUAUAGUCAAAAGCAAGGCUAUUGUUUCCACGAGAAAUAGUGUAGCGGUGCUAACAGGGUGGAAUGGUAUUAACCCAUUAUCUAAAUCAAUUCCGUACUGUUUGUGACGCCACUGAGCUGUAGUGGAUGUCACCAAUCUUGAGUCGACAAAGCACCGAUUUUCACCGAUUCAGAACCAUUGAAUAUUAUCCGUCGGAUGUUUCAGUAACUUGCGUUUUGUCAAAGAAAAGUUAAAUUAAGUGACUUUUAUAGUACGAAUGAGAAUACAUAAAUAUGC